CCUGUCGCAGACUAGCAGGCACGGCCGUUGCUGCACUCUUGUUUCACCAGACUUUUUCCCUUUUUCACCUUGCCUUUGCCACAGCUCAGGCCUGCCUCUUCUUCUCCUUCUUCCACUCCAGGAUAAAGAAGGAUCAGCGUGGGGGGAACAGGAGAGAGAGAGAACAGACGGCAGCCUUGCUUCCCCUCCUUCUUUUACUCUCUACAACCUCGUAGUCGCUGACAGCUCCUGGCGGACGUGCAGGCAGGAUGAUAGCGGCUCAGCUUCUGGCCUACUACUUCACCGAGUUGAAGGAUGAUCAACUCAAGAAGAUCGAUAAGUACCUGUACUCCAUGCGUUUCUCGGACGAGACGCUGAGGGACAUCAUGAACCGGUUCCGCAGGGAAAUGGAGAACGGGCUCGGCCGCGACACCAGCCCCACCGCCACCGUCAAGAUGCUGCCCACCUUCGUCAGGUCCAUCCCUGACGGAUCAGAAAAGGGGGACUUCAUAGCUCUGGACCUUGGGGGGUCGAACUUCCGAAUCCUUCGUGUCAAAGUGACGCAGGACAAGAAGCAGCCGGUUCAAAUGGAGAGCCAGGUCUACGAGACCCCGGAUGACAUCAUCCAUGGCAACGGGACACGGCUCUUUGGCCAUGUUGCAGAUUGCCUGGGCGACUUCAUGGAGAAGCAAAAAAUCAAGGAUAAAAAGCUUCCUGUGGGAUUUACGUUCUCCUUCCCCUGUGCCCAAACCAAACUUAAUGAGGCGGUCCUAGUGACAUGGACAAAGAAGUUUAAAGUCAGUGGUGUAGAAGGCAUGGAUGUCGUGAGUCUUCUGAACAGGGCCAUCAAGAAACGAGGGGACUACGAGGCGGACAUCAUGGCGGUGGUUAAUGACACAGUUGGCACCAUGAUGACCUGCGGGUUUGACGAUCAGCGAUGUGAAGUGGGCAUCAUCAUCGGAACGGGAACGAACGCCUGCUACAUGGAGGAGCUGCGUCACAUCGACCAGGUGGAGGGAGACGAGGGCCGGAUGUGCAUCAACACGGAGUGGGGCGCCUUCGGGGACGACGGGUCCCUGGAGGACAUCCGCACAGAGUUUGACCGCGAGAUCGACCGGGGCUCCAUCAACCCGGGGAAGCAGCUGUUUGAAAAGAUGGCCAGUGGGAUGUACAUGGGCGAGCUGGUUCGACUCAUCCUGGUCAAGAUGGCCAAAGAGGGGCUGCUCUUUGAGGGCCGGAUCACACCCGAGCUCUUGACAAAAGGAAAGAUUGAGACGAAACACGUCUCUGCCAUCGAGAAGUCGAAAGAAGGACUAAAGAAGUGCAUGGAGAUCCUGACGAGGCUCGGGGUGGAGCCGUCAGACGAAGACUGUCUAGCCGUUCAGCACGUGUGCACCAUCGUGUCCUUCCGCUCUGCAAAUCUAAUUGCCUCCACACUCGGAGGCAUCCUCUCCCGUCUCAAGGAAAACAAAGGAGUCGCACGCCUACGCACCACCGUGGGCAUCGACGGCUCGCUCUACAAGAUGCACCCUCAAUACGCCCGCCGUCUGCACAAGACCGUGCGCCGCCUGGUCCCAGACUCAGACGUUCGCUUCCUGCUGUCCGAGAGUGGGAGUGCGAAAGGCGCAGCCAUGGUUACGGCGGUGGCGUACCGCUUGACGGAGCAGGCGCGCCAGAUUCAGCAGACGAUGGCAGAGUUUCGGCUCAGCAAAGCGCAGCUGCUCGAGGUGAAGAAACGAAUGAGGGUGGAGAUCGAGAGAGGCCUGAAGAAGACCUCCCACGAGGACGCCACCGUCAAAAUGCUGCCUACUUUUGUGCGGACAACACCAGAUGGGACAGAGAACGGAGAUUUCCUUGCCCUGGACCUCGGAGGGACAAACUUCCGCGUGCUUCUGGUAAAGAUCCGCAGUGGGAAGAAGAGAUCGGUGGAGAUGCACAACAAAAUCUACGCCAUUCCCAUAGAAGUCAUGCAGGGCACAGGAGAGGAGCUCUUUGACCACAUCGUUCACUGCAUCUCCGACUUCCUGGACUACAUGGGGAUGAAAAGUGCUCGCCUGCCACUGGGCUUCACCUUCUCCUUCCCCUGCCAUCAGACCAGCCUGGACGCAGGAAUCCUCGUAACCUGGACCAAAGGCUUCAAGGCCACAGACUGCGAGGGGGAAGACGUGGUGGAGCUUCUCAGGGAAGCGAUCAAGAGGAAAGAGGAGUUUGAGCUCGAUGUGGUGGCCAUAGUGAACGACACGGUGGGGACGAUGAUGACUUGUGCAUACGAGGAGCCCUCCUGUGAGGUGGGGCUGAUCGCAGGGACCGGCAGUAACGCCUGCUACAUGGAGGAGGCAAAGAACAUCGAAAUCGUGGAGGGCAGCGAGGGACGCAUGUGUGUCAAUAUGGAGUGGGGGGCGUUCGGAGACAACGGCUGCCUGGACGACAUCAGGACGAAGUACGACCAGGCGGUGGACGAAAACUCGCUCAACGAAGGCAAACAAAGAUAUGAGAAGAUGUGCAGCGGUAUGUACCUCGGAGAGAUCGUCAGGCAGAUUUUGAUUGAUCUGACGAGGCGCGGCUUCCUCUUCCGGGGACAAAUCUCAGAGACGCUGAAGACCAGGGGCAUCUUUGAGACAAAGUUCCUGUCACAGAUAGAGAGUGAUCGUCUGGCGCUGCUGCAGGUCAGGGCGAUCCUGCAGCAGCUGGGGCUCGACAGCACCUGUGAUGACAGUAUCAUCGUCAAGGAGGUGUGUGGAACGGUGUCCCGCCGCGCCGCGCAGAUCUGCGGAGCCGGGAUGGCUGCAGUGGUGGACAAGAUCCGUGAGAACAGAGGACUGGACCACCUGGACAUCACCGUGGGCGUGGACGGCACGCUCUACAAGCUGCACCCACACUUCUCUCGGAUCUUUCAGCAGACAGUGAAGGAGCUGGCCCCGAAAUGUGACGUCAACUUCCUGCUAUCCGAGGACGGCAGCGGCAAGGGGGCUGCCCUCAUCACCGCCGUGGGCUGCCGCCAGAGAGAGCUGGAGGCGCAGCAGCAGCACUGAGGAGCCCUGAGCUGUCGGCCCUGAACAACCUGCCGCUCCACCCCAACCUCCACCCACCGCACAGCCCCACUCCAUCUCCUUCUUGGCAGCCGUGACUCCACCUCUACCCCACCUGGCCCCCCCUCCCCUCCCCUCCCACUGCCAGAGAGUCAUGCUGCAUGGAUAGGGAAUUAAAUAUUUAUUUAUACUGCAUAGGGUUUAUUAUUUCCAUGUUUGUACAUUUUCUCUCAAUAGCUUGUCAGUGAUAAGAUAAAUCUUAACUCCGUAGACGUGCAAUAUUUGUGUAUUGCUAAUUUUAUUUUUAUAUGGAGGCAAAUAUAUGACUGUAUUUAUAUAGCUGAGGCCACUUUGAAUCCCAGAGGUCAUUAGGAUUUUGCACCAUAGACACAAGAAAAUGUUGGCACUUUUUUAUAUGAGAGUUACAACCGCAGCAUUUCAGUGUGUAACUUCCAAAUGAAGGACGUCCUUCUCGCUGGCUCCACUGGUUCAGAAAACCAGUUUCCAAAAGGGCUCGCUGCAAAGGGUUGAAUGCAAGAGUCACGGCUGCUCAAAAAUCACCCUCAUUUACGUGCUCACACGACGUGCUUGGCUACUAACAACCUUUUUUGUGUAACUAUCAGUGUAAACUCACAUGUUAAAAGUAUUCCAGCAGCACCACCGCACCAUUUAUUCCCCCCCAAAGCUGAGAGGGUAGAAAGUGAAAGUGUUAGCGUAUCCUGUUGCUAUUUGUGAACUACUAUAUUUUUGGUGUUGUGAUAUGAAUCCCACUUCUACUCAUAUGUAUGUGCAAAGAAUAAAUGUUUAUUGGGCCCCAAGAAAAGAGUGGAUACUACGAGCGCUUUUGUGUGUAUUUGUGGCUGAGUGUCAGUGUGUCCUACUGUAACGACCUGUAGCUUUCAAUGUCCAAAGCUCUGUGCAGACUGCAUGCCUUACAUUAAGACAAAGGAGAGUACUGGAUCAUUAUCUUUUAUCUCUGUUUCUUUCUUUCUGCCUUUCUUCUUCUUUUUUUUU